UGUAUUAAAAGUUUAUCUGGGGUCAGGUGACUCUAAAUUGGAAACAACACAUGCUGGAUGUUUUGUUUCUCGUGUGACUUAUUUUGAGACACUCUGUUGUCACUUGUCUCUAUCAAAGACAAACAUCAAAUACUGAACCACCUUUAAAAUAACUGUACACAUAAUUUAUGUCAUACCUGGAGAUGGGUCAUUGAAAAAAUAUAAAAUAAACAAAACUUUAACUUGCUGAGUUUUUAGACUGAAAACAGGCACAUAGCUGGCCUGUUUAUGGAAAAGAAGGGAAUGAUGCCAAUAUUUACCUCCUGCUGAAACACGUGGGGAGAAAGAGAGAUUACUGCAUUUACGUCAUAAAAAUAGAAUAAACGUGGAGAAUGGCAAUCCAGCAAAGCCGCUCGGAAACACGUGGAAACAAAGGGCGGGGCGUAGAAGCCGUAAAGUUGUCUCUGAUUGGUCAGCGAGGAUCGGCGAUAAAUAAUUAGCAUUCUGUUUCAACUCUUGUCAAUUAAAAAUAUCUAAUGUCACUAUUUAGGUGUACAUAAGAGCAGACCGUAAAUUCCGUGGUCAUCGGUUACGAUAUAUAACUGAUUUAAUUAAUAAUAAUUUAAAAGGCAUAUUCUUAUUUUAUGUUAUUUUAAUACUUUUAGUAACUUUCUCAGUAUAGAAAAUAUGCAUUAUACACAAUAUCAAUACUUUUAAUAACUUUCUUAAUCAAGAAAAUCUUAAUUAUACACAAUAAUUCAAUAACAAAAUACGUCUUGAGUUAAUUGCGAUUCAGUGGAGGUUUCAUGAGCCACCGCGCGCCCCCUAGAGGAAGGAAAUAUAAUGUCUUCUAAGAAACGGUGAUCAGCGAGCAUUAAGCACUCAAACACACAUGACAGUGUUGUCAACACACUGAGGACAGUGAAACACGGGCAAAGAGAGUCAAGAGGAGCUGAAGUCAGUGCAUCUGCUCCUAAACUCCUCUGUCCCAUCAUGGCUCUAUCAGGAUCUCAAUCACCGGAUGAUGCUUUGCACGGCUCAUGGGUGGAGCUGGAGGGUCUGGUGGCUUCUGCAAGUCAAACAGAAGCACAGGACACCACGGCCUCCUUUCUGCAGGGGGAGCUGGAGAGGAUUCUGCUGGAAGCUCAGCUGGAGUGUGAGAGGAGUAGUCAAACAGAAAGUCCUCCACAGGUCGUGACCCCGAGAACAUCUGGAUCUCCCAAACCAGCCAGUGAGGGCAGCAGCAGCAGCAGCACAGAUUGUGUGACUAUACAGUCGGAUGAGAAUGACAGGCGAGUGAGUGCUGAAUGGGUGUGGGAUUGGUCCAGUCGGCCAGAAAACCUCCCGCCCAAGGAGUUUGUGUUUCAUCACCCAAAGCAGUCUGGCUCUCUGAGCGUGAGGAAGACUGAGGUGAUGAAGAGGGGUUUGUUUUCUUCAGACGUGCUCCUCAUCCUGCUGCCCUCUCUGCUCGCCUCACACGCUCUGACGCUGGGUCUGGGAAUAUACAUAGGGAAACGGCUGGCCUCGUCCUCCACCAGCACACUGUGACAUGUGACAUUUGGCAGCUCACCGAUUGGCUGAAGCCGCUGCCACUAGCACUGUAGCCUAAUCACACCUCUUGUCUCCUCCUGUGAUGGGCAACAGCCUCUUCUGCCUCUGUCUGUGUUUGUACCGUUUCACCACAAAACAAGUCUGUCUGUCUCUCUUUCUCCAUAUAUUUAAGAGGGUCAUAUCAUGAGAAGUCAAAUUGUUCUUGAUUUUCUUAGAUAAAAGAGCCUGAAGUUCUAUGAAAGUGUUUCAGAAUGAUAUGCAUUUCAGAACUCAAAACUUUCUUCUCAAAAACAACUAAUUCUGAACUCCUACAUCAAAAAAACAAAACAAAAAAACAAAUAUUUAUACCUAAUUAUAGGAUUUAUGUAUUUAAAUUGCAUGCACAAAUCAGCAUAAAUGUGCAUCACUUUAAGUUUAUUAGUUUGUGUAUGUAUAAACUGUGUAAUUUAGGCUUAAAUAUGUCUGAUGUCAGACCAAUUAAGGCACAAUUGCAUGACUGCCCAAAUUUGGAUAUUGCUCUAAAAGUCAUAACAGGUCAAAAAUGUUCAUACAAAUAAAAUUAGGGUUGUUAUUGGUGAAAAUAACAAAUUGGUGAAAAGUGGAGCUCAGGGAAAAUGAUAUGUAUGAUAUGACCUCUUUAACCCCAUGAAAGUGUCUUUUUAAGACUAAACUGUCCAUCUAAAUCUUUUUGUAGUUGUUUCACUUGUCCAUAAAGGACUGUGUCCACAUUUGUGUCAGGUUGUCUAAUAAUGUACAAUUACUACAGGGAACACAGAAACUGUAGCACUAAUGCACUGAAAUCUAGCUGAAAGAGAGGAGAAAACUGACAGUGAGCAAAGCAAAAAAGUAUUAUUUUACUUCUUAACCAAAUGCAAGACAUACAUUCAGUUUAAGAGGAUGUUCAGUCACGGAGAGGGUUUGACUGAAUCCUUUUGUGUUUGUGUUUUUGUGGAGCAAUAUAAUGUGAAAAAUCUCAUGUUGCAGUAUCAUGUUUGCAAUAUAUAGACUCAUUCCAUGUUGUAAUGUGAUGGUAACUGGAGUUCAUCAGGUUAAUCUUGUUUGUAACUACUCGACCACAAUAAAUGUCACUCUUACCACCUUC